AUGUCUACCUGUGGAGUCAGAGUCCUGAUGGCACUGUGCUUCCUGUGGCAGACUAGAGGUCAUGUUCAACUUCCCCCUCCUCAGAAUGUUACACUACUGUCAAAGGAUUUUGACAUGAUUUUGACAUGGACUCCAGGAGAAGGCUGUCCACCAGAUGUGACAUACACUGUGCGGUAUGAAAGCCAGGAACGCGUAAACAAAUGGAUGAAGAUUCCUCAUUGCAAAAAUAUUCGCAGUACCUCUUGCAAUCUGACUUGUGUGCUUCCAAACUUUGUUAAAGUCCGGGCUCGAGUAAAAGCUGUUUCUGGACAACUCCAGUCGCCAUGGGUAGAAUCACAGUUCAAGGAAUACUAUUUGGAUGUGGAACUGGCUCCCCCAGUGCUAAAUGUGAAUGUCACGGAGAACUUAAUCCAUGUGAAUGCUGCCUUCCCUUUGGCCACCUGUGUGGAGAGUUUCUCUUGGAUGUAUGACUUGAACCUUUGGGAAGCUGGAUCUGAAGACAAGAAGCAAUACGAAGGUAUCUUUAGGAAGAAUACAGUGACUAUCGACACCACUGCACUUAGAGGCAACUACUGUUUGAGCGCCAGAUCUUCCUUCCAAAGCAUUGACUUCAAGCACAGCAAAUUCUCCCAACCAGUGUGUGUGCUAUUAAACCACAAAGCAGCAGAAUGGAAGUUCCCAUUUUCUGCCACGAUCCCUGUGUUUGUCCUCCCCAUUCUUUUGACAAGUGCCUUCAUCAUCUGCUUGCUGAAACAAGAUGCUAAGCGGAAGAAGAUGCCUCAUGCUUUGGAUUUAUCUCAUUUAAAAGCUGCUGGACCAGUCUUUCACUGUGAGCCCAGUGAAAAGGAAUUCUUCAGGGACUAUCUUAUCUGCACAGAGAAGCCAGUAUCACAAAGGAAGACAAACAAAACUUCAGCAAGAAACAACCUGCCAUGGAUGGCUUCUUUCCUCUCAUCAUCAUCAUCAGAAGAGGAGGAGGAGGAGGAGGAGGAAGAAGACAGCAGUACUUUCAUCCCAUACACUGAAAUGCCUCAGUUUCCAAAGAGACAUCUCAACUGUCAACCAUCCAGAACAGCUCAGGGGGAAACUAGCUUGGACUCCGGAUCUGGAGGUCUGUCUGUGGAUAGUGAAUCUGUGCUUGACCUAAGUACUUUGGGUUUCUCAUUCUUUCCAGUGAGAAAGAAUGAGGUGGACACCUCAGAAUCCCAAGGAAAUGAGAAGACAUCCCUUUCUCACAGUUCCUCUUUGGGAAGAAUAUCCCUCACUGAUGUGAAAUUCCCAGGCCCGAGGGAACAUGGGCAGCAUGAUACAGACAGGGAUGAAUGCCUGGAAAUGAGCCCUCUUCAAACACUGAUGGAGGGGAUUUGUGCCAAACUUCCAGCCGAUAAGCACUACCUGCAUAGGAACGCUCAUCAUUUCACGAAGUAUUACCAGAAACCAAUAGUUGAUCUGCAUGUCCAGACCGGUGAGAUAUCACAGCUCAGUGAGGAUCCCAGCACUGCUGCUCAUUUCCUUUCAGACAUUACAGAUGGCAGAAGAUGA